CGACAGCUGUCCCUUGCUCAAACCCAGCAACAAGCCUUUGCCUCACGUAGAUCUUUGUAUACAUCGUGAACUGAUGUAUAUAGCUCAAGCCAAUACGAGGCGAAAAGGGGUUCUUUGAAUCUAUAAAUCACCACCACUACGACCACCUUAGCCCUCACCAACACACCAACUCAUCAACCUUCAUCACUCGCUCAACGCAACCUCACCAAUCCACCCAACCAAACCAUCAAAAUGCAGUUCUUCGCCGCUACCGCCAUUCUCUUCGCCGGCAUUGCCGCUGCCGAGACCAUCACAGUCAAGGACCUCUCCAUCCGCGACAACAAGGGCAUCCAGGCCGCCACCUUCACCAUCAACCCUGGCAACAUCGAGUGCUCCGCCACCAAGGCUGCGGACAUUGCCCCUCCCAAGAUCCAGCAGUGCGGCGUUUCCCACUACUACUUCAACGUCGCCGGCUCCGACUCCAAGUACACCAUCAACUUCACCGAGGACCUGAAGAAGGGUCCCGUCGGUGGCGAGGGCAAGGCCGAGAACGUUCCCGUCGUCUGCCACGCCGGCGGCAACGGCCCCGACGACUUCGUCUGCACCCAGGUCGGCGACAUCUCGGUUGACAUCACUGAGACCACUGCUUAAAUCUCUAAUUUAUAAGAGAGAGCUCUAAUACUACACAAGAAUGAGGCAUGCUGGUUGUGGUCGGAUGGGAUAUGGAGGUGAUGGAUAAUGCGCUGGCGAAGGGG